GCUUCAAUCUCCGAACUGAAGAACCCCGUCCACCUCCUCCCUCCUCUCGUUUCACACAAACCCUAAGAAUCAAAACGAUGGAGGAGCCUCAAAACGGCAACACGAAUUCGGUGACAGUGGAAGAGGACGAAGGUCCAAUUGUAGGACCCGGACCCGCCCCUCGCGCCCGACCCAAGCGCCCCCUCCAGUUCGAGCAGGCGUAUCUCGAUUCUCUUCCCUCAGCUAACAUGUAUGAGAAAAGUUACAUGCAUCGUGAUGUGGUUACACAUGUUGCUGUAUCAGCGGCAGAUUUUUUCAUAACUGGGAGUAUUGAUGGGCAUUUGAAAUUUUGGAAGAAAAAAGCUAUUGGGAUUGAGUUUGCUAAGCAUUUUAGAUCCCACUUGGGUCCCAUUGAAGGUCUAGCGGUUAGUGCUGAUGGCUUGCUUUGCUGUACAAUUUCAAUUGACAAUUCUGUGAAGAUAUAUGAUGUGGUCAAUUAUGAUAUGAUGGUCAUGAUUCGUCUACCUUAUAUUCCUGGUGCUGUUGAAUGGGUCUACAAGCAAGGAGAUGUCAAAGCUAAGCUUGCCAUUAGUGAUAGAGAUUCAUCAUUUGUGUAUGUAUAUGAUGCACGAGCAGGUUCAAACGAGCCUAUUAUCUCAAGAGAGAUACAUUUGGGCCCAGUAAAAGUUAUGAAGUAUAAUCCUGCCUUUGAUACUGUAAUAUCUGCUGAUGCAAAAGGAAUUAUAGAGUACUGGACUCCUGCUACACUUCAGUUUCCAGAGAGCGAGGUGAAUUUUAAAUUGAAAAGUGAUACUAAUCUCUUUGAAAUUGUUAAAUGUAAAACAACUGUUUCUGUCAUUGAGGUCAGCCCGGAUGGUAAACAAUUUUCCAUUACAUCACCUGAUCGCAGGAUUCGCGUUUUUUGGUUCAGAACAGGAAAAUUGCGGCGAGUUUAUGAUGAAUCACUUGAGGUUGCCCAAGAUCUUCAGAGAAGUGAUGCCCCUAUGUAUAGGCUGGAAGCUAUUGACUUUGGGAGAAGAAUGGCAGUUGAAAAGGAAAUUGAAAAAACAGAAACUGCACCACAACCCAAUGCUGUUUUUGAUGAAAGCUCUAAUUUCCUUAUAUAUGCAACUCUUCUUGGAAUAAAAAUGGUAAAUUUACACACAAAUAAAGUUGCUCGAAUUCUUGGCAAGGUGGAGAUCAAUGAUAGAUUCUUGAGAAUUGCCUUAUAUCAAGAUGACCGGAGCAGUAAGAAAGUUAGAAAAAUUCCUUCAGCUGCUGCAAAUGCUAAUGAGAGCAAAGAGCCAUUAACCGACCCCACACUCUUGUGUUGUGCUUUUAAAAAACAUAGGAUCUAUUUAUUCAGUCGGAGAGAACCAGAAGAACCAGAAGAUGCAACAAAGGGAAGGGAUGUCUUCAAUGAAAAGCCUCCUGCAGAUGAGCUUCUGGCUGUAUCAGAUAUCGGGAAAUCUGUUACAACAUCUCUUCCUGACAAUGUGAUUUUACACACCACGAUGGGUGAUGUUCACAUGAGACUGUACCCAGAAGAAUGUCCAAAAACUGUGGAGAACUUUACAACACACUGCCGCAAUGGGUAUUAUGAUAAUCUCAUAUUUCAUCGUGUCAUCAAAGGCUUCAUGAUACAGACUGGAGAUCCUUUAGGAGAUGGUACUGGUGGGCAGUCUAUCUGGGGAAGGGAAUUUGAGGAUGAAUUUCACAAAAGUUUACGACAUGAUAGGCCUUUCACAGUUUCAAUGGCAAAUGCUGGCCCAAAUUCAAAUGGGUCUCAGUUCUUUAUUACCACUGUGGCUACACCAUGGUUAGACAAUAAGCAUACUGUUUUUGGCCGAGUCAUAAAGGGAAUGGAUGUUGUACAGGCUAUUGAGAAAGUGAAGACAGAUAAGGCUGACAAGCCAUACCAAGAUGUGAAAAUCCUAAAUGUGACUGUCCCCAAGUCCUAAGAAUUUCUCUCAGUGUUGAAACUCUCUGGAUAUGGGUGGUGCUCUCCUUUUGCAGUUAGAGUGUAUCAGGCAAGUAUUUUGUUAGUUUUUGUGAGGCAUCAUAUGCAGCCUAGUGAGUACCAAAUCCUUUUACCAUAGAAUUCAGAUAAAGCCCCCAGCCGAGUAAACUAUAUUGUUUUCUCAAAGAUAUAAAAUUCCUUUUUGUUCUUAUAAACAAAAUUCAAAGGUUGUUUGUUUGAGAUUCUAAACAACUCAAUAGUGCAGCAGAACAAAUGACUCAAGUUCUUCUAAUCUAACAAGCCUUACUUGGUCACCUGACUCCCAGGGAUUUUGGCAAUUUAGACUGACAUCUCUACUUUCUUGGUGACUCAAGAUUGCGUUAUUUUUCCAUGUACAGGGGUUGUGCUCAUGAAAUGGAUCUCAGGAAGACUUUUUCAAUUGAGUUAUAAUCUAAUGUACACAUUUGGAGAGGUCUUGUGAUCUUCUACUCUGGAGUUUUAUUCUAAUAUACACUAUCCUCUCCUCUUAAAGACAUUUGAAUAUGGUCUUUUAACAUAGGUUGUUCCUGUGCGCUCUUAUCGGAUAAAAAGGGUCAUUGGAGGGUGUGGUGUAUCAUUUCCAUUUUAUACUUCUUUCUGCCUAUUUUGAAAC